AAAAAAAAAUCGGAAUUGUGAGCGGUCCUUCUAAGCCGCUGUGAUGUGUAUCCACACUAGAACUUACAACGAGCGCGGCCUUUCGGUCAGCUAGGUGGCUAGUUUGGUUAUUACGUAAGCGAGUUAGCUAGCUAACGUGCUUUGUUUAGUUGGCUGUGCGUUUUAUACGUGUCCGUGCAACUAAAAAUAUCUUUGCAAAAACCAAACUGUUUUUUAGAAAGCAACGUACAUAUAACCGAUAUAAAGGGUUCGCAGUAACAUCAUGUCUGACUCAGAGCAGCAAUUCAUGGAAACCUCCGAAAAUGGCCACGAAGAAGAGGAGAACUUGAACGGAGCCGAGCCUGCGGAAUUGACCGAAGCCGUUGCCGAGCAAGACCCAGAGCCUGAGCAAGACCUUGAGCAGGACCCAGACCCAGAACCGGAACCGGAACCAGAACAAGAACCAGAAACGGAGGAGGCCGGGGGAGAAGAGGCCGAGGCCGAGGCCGAGGCCGAGGGAGAAGGAGAGGGAGAGGGAGAGGGAGAGGAGGCCGAGGAGGCCGAACCAGAGGGGGAGGGUGCAACAGAAGCCGAAGUGGAGGAAGGCGAUGAAGCCGCGACGGAGGGCGAUUCGCAGAAUGGAGCUUCGGAGGGAGGACAGAUCAACGCAAGCAAGAGCGAAGAAGAUGCGGGGAAAAUGUUUGUCGGUGGACUUAGCUGGGACACCAGCAAGAAGGACCUUAAAGACUACUUCUCAAAAUUCGGUGAAGUCACAGAUUGCACCAUUAAGAUGGACCCCAACACCGGCCGAUCACGAGGCUUUGGGUUUAUUCUCUUCAAAGAGGCCGCCAGUGUAGAGAAAGUAUUAGAACAAAAGGAACACAGACUAGACGGACGGCAAAUUGACCCAAAGAAGGCCAUGGCAAUGAAAAAAGAACCGGUGAAGAAAAUAUUUGUUGGCGGUCUGAACCCUGAGACGACAGAGGAAAAGAUCCGGGAGUAUUUUGGAACCUUUGGAGAGAUCGAAUCCAUUGAGCUUCCAAUGGACCCAAAGACCAAUAAGAGGAGAGGUUUUGUCUUUAUUACGUUCAAAGACGAAUCUCCAGUCAAAAAGGUUCUUGAAAAGAAAUACCAUAACGUUAGUGGAAGCAAGGUAACAAACGGAAAAGACGGCCUUUGCGAGAUCAAAAUCGCGCAGCCGAAGGAAGUGUACCAGCAGCAGCAGUUCGGCGGCCGUGGCAGCGGCUAUGGCAGAGGGAGGGGCCGCGGCGGGGGUCAGAACCAGAACUGGAACCAGGGCUACAACAAUUACUGGAAUCAGGGAUACGGCAACCAGGGCUAUGGUUACGGAGGCCAGCAGGGGUAUGGAGGCUACGGCGGCUACGGAAACUACGACUACUCCGCCGGUUACUACGGCUACAGCGGGGGCUACGACUACAACCAGGGCAAUACAAGCUAUGGGAAAGCUCCAAGACGUGGGGGCCACCAGGGUAGCUACAAGCCAUACUGAUCACAUGUAGUGCAGGACUAAAGUAAUUGAGCCCGAACCUGAGAUCCAGCAGCAUGGAGCAUGGGGGUCUGGCUUUCCUCUGGAGUUGGCCCGUUUAGACUCGUGCUCCAUUUGUACAGAUCGAGUGAGAAAAUGGGGAAGCAAUUGUCACUUUUCCACUUUUUAUUUUAUAUUGUUUUUUUUUUUUGUGUCCAUACACAUUUCCAGAGAUGGAAGUGUUAUUUUUACUGUACUUUUUGGUACCUUUUUGAAUCUAAUGUAUUGUAUGGUUGUAUUACAUGUCUUCUGGAUUUACCACAAACGAGAGCAGAGCCGACAGCGCUCUGGAAAUAAAACCAUUUUGAGUAAUUUUUAUUUUCUUCUCAGUGUUUCUAGACUUAGUUUAUUUCCUUUUUCUCCUUGUGCCGAGAGUCUGCAAGUUGCAUGGCAACAGACGUGUGGGGAAUGGGGUAAGGUUUUUUAAAAAAGGGAUUAAGACUUAAUCAAAGAUUUCACUGUAAGCUUGUGUAGUGAAUGUCAGCCGUUGACUAGUUGAGGGCAACCAGCUUUCCUUUUUCUUUCCUUUGGCUUUUAAGGAGUUUUACCAAAACCUAUUUUAUUUUAACUUCUCUGCAAAUGAAAGUGGCUUUGAUAGCAUUAAAGUUAAGCUUCAGCCUGUGUAUGCAAGAGGGCACCCUCCCUCUCUCACUGGAAACUCAUUCCUCUAGUGUCUUGGGCAAAUUGUUAGAAAUAAACUUUUUGGUUUAUAUUA